UCUUUUCUCGACUCUUUUCAAUUUCACCCAGUCUUGACUCGCCUCCCCUCAAUUCAACCUCGUCUUCACCUUCACUUAGCCCAACUCAACCUUAUCUUACCUCGAGUUGAUCUCACCACAUUACGAUCUCUUACCCUCUUGGCUCUUGCCUAAUUUGGCUCUUGACUAAAUCGUUCCUCACCUAGCUCAAUAUGGCUUUAGGAAUAAAACGAAAGCGCCCGCUGGGAUCCACAGAAGAAGGCAGAAGCAAUCAAAAGAGAGCGAGAUUGGCCAAAGACGACGAGGAAUCUCAAGUCCCAGGUACUCACCAGAAUGGAAGAUUGCGAGGAUUUCGCUUUUUAGCGUUACCCCCUGAAGUUCGAAACAUCAUCUACGAUUACAUCUUCGAUGGGGAAGAGUACAUGAUCAAGAACAGCCUGAAGUUCAAAGUGACCACCAAGACCAAUCAUCCUUUGGCGUUGCUUGCCGCGUGUCGACAGACGUACGAAGAGACGAAGAUAAUGCCAUAUACCCGGGGCGUGUUUCGAGUUGACGGCGAGCACCUCUAUUAUAGGACCAAUAUGACUAAAGCGUUGAGGUCGAUAAAAACUAUUAUUGUGGAUAACUGGAAAGAGCGUGACGGGAGAUAUGAAAAGGAAGAUUACCCAGGAGUUGCUGGCGAUACUGUCCCUCGCAUGCUGUAUCAAAUACCUGGCGCCUCCGAAAUCUGCUUUGUGAGCGGAUAUGACAAAGACAAGUUCAAGGACGAAGCAGAGUGGUUUGCGUCUAAGGAUUGCUAUUCUUCAGCCUAUCGAAUUCCAUUCGGCUGCAUCAAGCAAGUCGUCAAGCCGAAAUUCGCAAGCGUGCUAGCACGAUGAUGGAUUAACAGACACAUGUGUGUUCUAGGGCGCAGGCAUAAGAAGAAACCGCUGCCAUUUCAGAAAACCAUGUGUGUAGUGUUCUCAGGCUCUUUUAGCCCACUAAGAUAGUAUUUGACACUAGCUGCACCAUACUAUCUACGGUCUUUCUAUCUAGGUUUGCAAUACCGGUAGAAAAUGGAAGAAGGGAAUCUUGUACUGUUUAGGAUAUUUUGAGACACCUGAUAGAAUCGCGUGGGAUUCGAGAUAGCCAAUUUUAUGCUAUGGUAUAUACCUAGGUAGUAAUCCUAUUCAUGUGGGCACACAGGUGAUUUCCACAGUUUGAUGUUGAAUUAUGGUUAUCUAGAAGAUCGCAGGUGUCAAAGACUCUAAUAAGUAGAGUUAGAGACCAUAUGUGCGGCCACAAUGUACUAAACAACCAACGUCAGUGACCGAAGCACGUAUAAUGAUGAGAUUGUGCCUUAUGCAUCUAAUCUUAGAUUUUUUGCUGUACUCUAAGUAAGUACAUUUAAUUGUGUUCCCUUGUUUUUCUUUAUUUUUAUGCAAUAUCUAUGAAAUAUGAAGGACCCAAUCGGCACUCAGCUAUUCAGAAUGAUGACUCAUCAGUUUCGUGAACCACGGAACAUGUGUCCUGCCUGGAGCUCAAAGACAGAUUUAUCGUGUGAUUUUUCAAUACCCAGUGUUUGUGCCGCAUGGAAAUGCAAUGAUUAAAUCAUGUACUCAAUGAACUAUGAAGAACAGACAGAUAUUUAGAAAGCUCAUCGGUACAAAGCUCUUGCACAGAUUACAAUCUCAAUCACGGUUACUCAACAAAUCUCACGUGGUAUAUCGAUCUUCUCCCCCUUCAAAUUUCAAUACAUCAUUGGCUUAGCUUUAGUAGCAGCUCACUCAGAUGCGCCC